AUGCUCUGCCCUUGGAGAACUGCUAACCUAGGGCUACUGUUGAUUUUGGCUGUCUUCUUAGUGGCUGAAGCGGAGGGUGCUGCUCAAUCAAACAACUCAUUAAUGCUGCAAACUAGCAAGGAGAAUCAUACUUUAGCUUCAAACAGUUUAUGUAUGGAUGAAAAACAGAUUACACAGAACCACUCAAAAGUACUCGCAGAAGUUAACAUUUCAUGGCCUGUACAGAUGGCUAGAAAUGCUGUGCUUUGUUGCCCUCCUAUUGAGUUCAGAAAUUUGAUCGUAAUAACAUGGGAAAUAAUCCUAAGAGGCCAGCCUUCCUGCACAAAAUCCUACAGGAAAGAAACAAAUGAGACCAAGGAAACCAACUGUACUGAUGAGAGAAUAACCUGGGUCUCCACACCUGAUCAGAAUUCGGACCUUCAGAUUUACCCAGUGGCCAUCACUCAUGACGGAUAUUACAGAUGCAUAAUGGCAACUCCUGAUGGGAAUUUCCAUCGUGGAUAUCACCUCCAAGUGCUAGUUACACCUGAAGUGACCCUGUUUGAAAGCAGGAAUAGAACUGCAGUAUGCAAGGCAGUUGCAGGGAAGCCAGCUGCGCAGAUCUCCUGGAUCCCAGCGGGGGAUUGUGCCCCUACUGAGCAAGAGUACUGGGGCAAUGGCACAGUGACUGUUAAGAGUACAUGCCACUGGGAAGGCCACAAUGUGUCUACCGUGACCUGCCAUGUCUCCCAUUUGACUGGCAACAAGAGUCUGUACAUAGAGCUACUUCCUGUUCCAGGUGCCAAAAAAUCAGCAAAAUUAUAUAUGCCAUAUGUCAUCCUUACUAUUAUUAUUUUGACCAUCGUGGGAUUCAUUUGGUUAUUGAAAAUCAGUGGCUGCAGAAAAUAUAAUUUGAAUAAAACAGAAUCUACUUCAGUUGUUGAGGAGGAUGAAAUGCAGCCCUAUGCCAGCUACACAGAGAAAAACAAUCCUCUCUAUGAUACUACAAACAAGGUGAAAGCGUCUCAGGCAUUACAAAGUGAAGUUGGCACAGACCUCCAUACUUUAUAA